GUGGCUAGUUUGUUGCAUAAAAUGCAAUUGCGUGCAGUGGAAUCUGUCUCAGAAAAUGCAGAAGUCAAGUUUGUCGUAUCGGUACCUCCCACAAGAAGUGAUGUCCUUCAUCCUUGUGAUGUAGCGGAGGAUGUUGCAAUUGCUUAUGGCUACAAUGAGAUCCCGAAGAGAAGACCUGCAUCAUUGAAGCCUUUACCUCUCAGUCAAUUUAGUGAUCUAAUUCGGUCGGAGAUUGCAAUGGCUGGUUAUACGGAGGUCCUAACAUGGAUCUUGUGUUCCAAGAAAGAAAUUUCUUCUAUGUUGAACUGUGAAGAGGAUAAGUCUGCUGUAAUCAUUGCUGAUUCUCGUACAUCUGAAUUUGAGGUUGUGCGGACUAAUCUCAUGCCUGGAUUAUUGAGAACCGUUGGACAUAACAAGGACCAUCCAAAGCCGAUGAAGAUUUUUGAAGUUGGUGAUGUAGUCCUGUUAGAUGGCACAAAGGAUGUUGGUGCAGUAAACCGUCGCCACCUUGCUGCUCUGUAUUGCGGCGCUAACUCAGGAUUUGAGCUAAUACAUGGUCUAGUCGACAGAAUCAUGGAAGCAACUAGAACUUCUUUUGUAUCACCUGGGGACUGUGAAGGUUACUACAUAGAAAGAUCAGAGGAGCCUGCAUUUCUUCAGGGAAGACAAGCUAAAAUUGUUUACAAAGGAAAUCGAAUUGGAACAUUCGGAAUUGUGCACCCUAAGGUCCUCAAGGAAUUUGACAUCCCAGAUCCAUGCUCCUUUGUGGAGCUUGACAUGCAGAGUUUCUUGUAAUGUGGCGACAAUUUUAACAGAUGUCUCUGUGUUGAUUGAUACUCGGUAACUGAGGUAGAAUUCAGAAAGAUGAUACACAUACAUUUUUGGUUCGAUUAUUGUAUGAGAGGAAACCCUCCUCUCUCAAGCAUCAUGUUUGAUAUCAUUGAGAUAAUCAUUGAUUGUUAGCCUGGUUAAUUAUCUUCCUUUGAGCAACAUAACUUUUGUUAUAAGAAGCUGUUCUCUUGUUUCCCCUUCCUUGUAUCUUAAUGGAUUAUUUAGUUUGCAAUGAAAAA